AUGCCGCUCGAGGAUGUCUACUGGGAUCUUGAUCCCCAGGAACGCGAGGCAAUCCGACAGGCGUUCCGACUUACCUGGGAGGAGUGUCUUAGAGCGGGUGUUAUUUGCUUAGAAUCUGGGCUUGACAAUCUCGUCUGGGACUCGGAGAAGAAAGCAGUGUAA